AUGUCAACCCCAAACCACAAGCCCCGCAAGAAGAAGAAGGGCGACUCCGGAGUCCUGGCCAAUCCCCGCCAUGGCACCGUCGUGGUCGAUCCUCAGGACAAUGUUGCCAGGCCCGCCUUCCCGCUCGUCGCUUUCCUCUGGCCGGCCAAGGGUGCAGUCUCACAAUGGGUGCUCUUGCCGCUGAUUCUGAUCGUUGUGGGUUUGUUCCGGUGGGCGACAGCCUUUUGGGGCUAUUCCGGCUUCGAAAAACCGCCAAUGCACGGAGACUUCGAGGCUCAGAGGCACUGGUUGGAAAUUACCAUCAACCUUCCCAUGACCCAAUGGUAUUUCCACGACCUAGAAUGGUGGGGACUUGACUACCCGCCGUUGACGGCAUAUCACAGCUGGCUCUUGGGGAAAAUUGGUCACUAUAUCGAGCCGGCGUGGUUCGCUCUUCACACCUCCCGCGGCCUCGAUGAUCCCAUGCUAAAAAUCUUUAUGCGUGCCACCGUCUUCGUAUCUGAAUACCUCGUUUACAUCCCGGCCGUCGUUAUCUGCCUCCGCCGCUACUCUCGCUUGCAGGAGGUCAAUACCUGGGAAUAUUCCCUUGCUCUGGUGGCCAUCCUGAUGCAGCCCGGAUCCAUCAUUAUCGACCAUGGACACUUCCAGUACAACACCGUCAUGCUCGGCUUGGUUCUGGCAAGUAUUUCGAGCAUGAUCGCCGGCCGCUUUCUGUGGAGCUGCGUCUUUUUCGUCGGCGCGCUUGGAUUCAAACAGAUGGCACUGUUCUAUGCUCCUGCAGUAUUUGCUUACCUCCUUGGGGUUUGCAUCUUUCCCCGGAUCAAUGUUCCGCGUUUUCUUGGAAUUGCGCUAGUCACGGUCGUCUCGUUUGCAGUCCUGUACGCACCGCUCAUCGUUGGUGCGGUCUAUGAUUGGUACCGUGGCCUGCCUGUGCACGAGCUACCCACGCCUCCGCUACUUUCGAAGCUACCGGCUGCCAUUGAUGAGAAAUCUUGGUACUUUCCGAUCAUUGUGGUCCUGGCUCAAUCCAUCCACCGCGUCUUCCCGUUCGCCCGCGGUUUGUUCGAGGACAAGGUAGCUAACGUAUGGUGCUUCGUACACACCUUCCACAAGCUACACCACUAUCCCACUGAGAAGCUGCAGCUUGGUGCGUUGACCCUGACCGGGGCCCACAUUCUCGGUCCAUGCCUGGCGCUACUUGUCAAACCGCGAAAGGAGCUUCUUCCUUUGGCCUUUGCCGCUACUUCUUGGGCCUUCUUUCUGUUCUCGUACCAAGUUCACGAGAAGAAUGUUCUUCUUCCUUUGUUGCCCAUGACGCUUCUCCUUGGUUCUCGUAGCGGAAUGCUACCGUCAGCGCGAGCUUGGAUUGGGCUGGCCAACAUCCUGGGUGUCUGGACAAUGUAUCCGCUCCUCAAGCGAGACGAGCUGGCAAUCCCGUACUUCAUACUCACCUUGCUCUGGGCGUAUCUGCUCGGACUUCCUCCGACGUCUUUCUCAAUCUUCCGUAAUGACACACCCGGCCGUCUGAGCAUCAUUGAGAAGCUGAUGCACGCCGGGUUUUACACGGCUAUGGUCGUGUGGCAUUUCGCCGAAGCAUUUGUAACUCCGCCAGAGAACAAGCCGGAUCUCUGGGUGGUGGCCAACGUCCUGAUUGGCGCGCCUGGAUUCUACCUCUGCUACCUCUGGUGCUUGUUCCACUUGAUCAGAGGCUUCAAGAUGGCUGUCAAGGUGGAUGAGUGGAAGAAAACGCAGUAG